AAUUACAACAUAAUAUUUACAUUAUUCUAACAUGUAAUAUACGAUUACGAUUAUGUUCGUUUCACGUUGAAUGUUUGGGUUUUUUUCAAAGACAAACAAAUAACUUUAGUGGUGACCAUUCAGUAAUAUAAUCACAGAAUAUGAAAGGAUCGAUUGCAAUUGCAUUAUAAGAAAUACGUUUACAUAGUCGUUAUUAAUUUCUGUUUUUUAAAAAGUUGUUUGUAUGUAUAUUUGUAAUGAAAAUAAAAAUGAUAUUUCACUGACAUCUCAAAAUACUAUUUUGCACGUUCUCGUCAAACUUCCGCCCUGACAAAAUUAUCAUAGCGUGACCUAAUCAUAUGCAUGAUUUUCUAUUAAAAAUUUUACGUUAGACUCGCUUACAAUGAAUUUAAUCUUGAAAAUAUUCAGUAGAUUAAUACUUGCUUAUUUGAUACGUUGCAUUGAUACGUAUUAGGGACGAUAUACAGAAAAUUAACCUAAUUCACAUCGCCGGCGUCGUUUGAUUACGCAUAUGUCAGUAUUUUACAAAGCGACGACUCGUCGAGUACAGUGAGUAGUGGGAGACAUUCAAAAAGCUGUAUAGCCAUAUACGAAGUGUCAAAACCACUGAAGGUGGAAUAUUAAGUCCGUAUUAUUCGAAAAGUACACGGCAAACCGAUUGAAAUUAAAUAAAAGUGUUGCUUUAAGAGUAAUAUGACAAGCUUCUUUGAAAGAGAUCCAAAAAAGAGGAGAGUCAAGCCUGUCGGAACAGCACCUCUGCUUGAUUUUGAUUUAGGUGAAAGUUCCGAUGACAGUGAUUUCAGAAUUGAAGAUCAUUGUGAAGAAUCAGAUGAUGAUUCAGAGGAUUCCAACGAUAUUGGAAAAGAAGAAGAAGAUGGAUCGGAAGAAUCUGAUGAUUCCUUGGAUGAUCCAUUAAUCAGUAGAAAAGAAAAUGCUAAUUUGACUGUGGGUGAUGUAAUAGAACAAGCUCGGCAACAAGCAUUAAAAGGAGGAGGUCCACUCGAAGACAAAUUAAAUAAAAUGUUAAUUUGUUGUGGUUGCUUAGGAGAUAGAAGUGAUGAUGUUAAUGAAAUUGUUGAAUGUGAUGGAUGUGGUGUUAGUGUGCACGAAGGAUGUUAUGGUGUAUCCGAUGUAGAAAGUUUUUCCAGUACCGAUUCUUUCUGUCAGUUAGCACCCUGGUUUUGUGAAGCUUGCAGUGCAGGCAUCGAAGAUCCUCCUUGCGAACUUUGUCCGAACAAAGGUGGAAUUUUUAAAGAGACUGAUGUAGGCAAAUGGGUCCAUUUAGUAUGCGCGCUUUAUGUACCUGGUGUUGCUUUUGGAGAAGUAUGGAAGGUUGAUCGUUUAUCAAGUGUAACGCUCUUUGAAAUGGCAUACAGCAAAUGGGGAGCAAAACAGUGUUCUUUGUGCGAAGAUGCGCGUUACGCUCGUACUGGCGUAUGCAUAGAAUGCGAUGCUGGAAUGUGCCAUACAUAUUUCCAUGUUACUUGCGCGCAAAGGGAAGGUCUGUUGUCUGAAGCUCACAGUGAAGAAGUGGACCAGGCUGACCCAUUCUAUGCACAUUGUAAACUUCAUUCCGAUAAAACUCUCGUUCGUAGACGUAGACGUAAUUGGUUAACUCUACAGUUACGAGCCCAGUAUCGACAACAGUUAUUAAAACAACCUAACCACUUAGAUACAGAAGAACAACGUAGAAUUCAAAGAAAACUGGCAAAACAUCGACACAAAUAUUUAGCUCAUAAAGCAUCUCGACCACCGCCAUGGGUACCAACUCAGAAGAUGCCCCGACUAUUAACUACAUCCGCAUCUGCUUGUCGACAAUUAGCAAGGAAAGCUGAACUCAUGGGCGUUGAUACGGCUGCAUUGGAAGCACAGGAAGCCCAACUUGUAGCCUUAGUCGAUGUUAGAAAAAAAUGGCAUAUUCCGCCUGCUUUUAGCGUAGAAUUUAUUGGUUAUUAUUUGGAUCGCAAUUUGCGAGUGACGUCUAUGAAAAGGCGGUUGCAAGAACUGCUCGAUGUUAAUUCGCAGUUGCUGAAUGAACAACAGAGGCUAGACAGAAAAUAUGACGAAGUAAUGAAGGAUAACGAGGAACAAAUACGCGUAAAUGUAACAUUGAAAGAAAAGAUAGAAAUGUAUCACCAAGUACUCCAGAGCAGCGGUUAUGUGAAACCUUUACCACAAAUAGCUGACUUGGCAAAGCCACGAAUAACACCAACAUUAGGUACAGGUUUAGGUGUGCCAACAGCAGCUGCCUUAAAAAUGGGUGUUGGUUUUCCCUUGCCAGUAGGUAAAGGUGUAGAAGGUGUACGCGAGGGUAGAGUGUUGAGUAGUCAGGCACAAGAUCAAAAUCAUAAAGGUGAAUUGACUCUAAGGCAUCAGUGUGGAAUAUGCAGAAGAUCUACAAAUCAACAUCUGCUUGCAAAGUGCGACACAUGUCAUCUUCAUUACCAUUUAUCUUGUCUAAGUCCACCUCUAUCGCGUAUGCCCAAGAAAACGAAGUUAAUGGGAUGGCAGUGUUCUGAAUGCGAUAAGGAAUCUUCUGGAUCAGAGGUCGAACGUGUCGACACAUCAGCCCCUCGUAAAUUAAGGCACUGUAAGGAUGAUUCCAAUUUAACAUUGACACCAACACCACCACAAGAAGUGCAAGUGCCUACAACACCAACGACACCAAGCACUUCGAAAAAUUCGUCUGCUAGUCUUAGUAGUGUAACAAAUGUCACAAUUGAUACGCCUACAACGCCAAAAGUGACUAUAAAACCAGUUGGACCACAUCCUCCGUCUUCGACUCCUAUUCAGUCAGGAGAACCGGUAUACAAUCAGCAACCUAUUAAUAAUGUGACAAUAGCGACGAGAGAAGGAUCACCUGAAUAUAUGGUGGCUUCGGCAGAUGGCACGGAAUCUGUUUCGCAGAGAAGUGCAAAGAAAAGAAGAAGGGAGAAGCAUAAACGAUAUACACCUGAUCCGAUUACGGGAGUGAAACAAAGAAAACGAAAACAUAAACGGAAAAGUCUCGAUGUGGAGAAUCCAGAAGGACAAGGUCAACCGGAAGUUCAUAGAAGAAUAACGAUAAAGAUAAAACCAAUACCAAGGCCAGAGGGUGAAGUUGCUUCUGAAUCAAGUCCGCAGAUGUUUGUAGCCACAUCUACCAGUACUGAAAUCACAUCUCCGCCACUACCUAAACUGCCACUUCCGCCGCCUGCUCUACCCGUUCCGUCGAUACAACCUUUAAUUUCAAAUGCUGCACCUGUAACAGCGAACGCGUCUUCUAAUAGUACGGGUAAUAGGGUAUCGACGGGAAAUGCAAAACGGGGAAAAGAUACAGACCUUCUAACUCAUUGCAAUGUCUGUGAUACGCCUGGCACCAGUCAAAAUCUCGUCAUGUGUGAUGAAUGUAAAAAAUGCUACCACUUCACCUGUCUUGAUCCACCAGUUAAAAAGUCGCCCAAAAGAAGAGGCUACUCCUGGCAUUGCGCAGAUUGCGAUCCUAGUGCCUCUGAAACUGAGACUUAAUAUCAACAAUUUUAUGUCUGCAGCUAUAAUUCCACGUUUAAAUAAAUUAAGACAUUAAAUGUCAUUAUGUUUUUUGUAAAAUAUACAAAAUAUAGUCAAACAAAUUUUCCUC